AUGGCUCACACAUGCUCAUGCGCCCCCCCCACCCUCUUUGUUGGCCUAGACGUAGGUGUGACCUACUCCGGAGCUUUUGCUGUCCUUGCUGAGUAUUGUAAGGAACACAAGGUCUUCAAUGUUCUUGGAGAUUUGGAGGUCGAAAAGUUCCCUACAUUGCUCAUUCGCAAUGGGCGGAUCGCAGUGAAAUUCUUGCCCCCUGAAAAGAGGGUUGAGCCCGAUUACAAGAUUCUAUCCUAUUUUAAGAUGGGCGUCUUGGAUCUGACAACCGACAGUUUCUCUCAGGCGGAUACUAAUGUAGUCCAAGGUUUGAAAGACUGUUGGCAGAGACAACCCACCUACGUUAUUGCACCAAAGGCCUUUGGUAUAUUUCUUCAUGGCCUGUAUCAAUAUGUUAUUGACCUUUCCGAGAUGAGAUUCCGAACGAUGGGGUAUGCAAAUUUCGAGACUGCCUUUUUUACGGAGGGUGCUUAUGACGUGAAGCAUAUGGUGACUGAGGAGGAACAUGUCGCCGUUCUCCGAGGCCUGAUGCAAUCUGAGCCUGAUACGAUUCAAUUGCUCCGAGAUGCCAAAGAAACAGCCAUUAUCUGUGAUAUAGGCGGUUUGACAACAGAUGUUGUGGUUCAUCGCUUCUGCCCUAUCGUGGGGGCGUCUGCAUCGCCUCGUGUGUGGAUAUCCCGCCUUAAUGGCGGAUGUCUCAUCGACGAGGAAUUUUCGAAGGAGCUCGACGGAGAAAUCGAGCGUCACAUUCCCGAAACGUAUCGAGUGGAUAACGCUGACAUGCUGAAGCAAUUCAAGCACUCUUUCAUGGCACGAUGGCGAGAGAAGGAUAAGCUGGAGUAUGACCCCGUCAAUUACGGAGAUAGUAUGGGUUUUCAGAUAGGAGAAUGGACGCUCAGCAUUCAGCACUCUGUAUUCAUCAGUCUUUUUGAUCAGCUUCUUAACCAUGUCAUCUCUAUCGUCAGAGAGGCUUACGAUACAGAAUGUGCCCUGCCAGUGAAGCCCCCCACGAAGGUGAUUCUGGUUGGCGGUCUGUCUCAAUGCAAGUACUUGGUGAACGCCUUGACAGAACAAUUCGCCCAGUGGAGUUUGGAAAUUUGCCCUUCUCCCCCUCAAGGCCGGUAUAUUUUUCAAAAUGCAGCGGAUUUCUAA